CACACCUGACCCUGCCCCGCUGAGGACCUGAGGGCGAUCCGGGAGGCACCUGCUCCAGCCUCCGCCUCUCUGCGGGGACGGGGCCCGGCAGCCCCCGGGCAGCCACUGGACAGCCGCUGCCUACAGGACAAGCGCCGCGACUUCCGGGCACCCGGCGGAGUCCGCGGCCUGGCGCCCGAGGUAAUUGGUCCUCACUUGCUAGCCGUCGGCGUCAGUGGCCGGCCUGGCAGGGUCCACGUGACUCCAGGCAGCAGGCAGGAGCAUGGCCGCCAGCAGGCCGCUGUCCCGCUUCUGGGAGUGGGGGAAGAACAUCGUGUGCGUGGGCCGGAACUACGCGGACCACGUCCGGGAGAUGCAGAGCGCCGCGCCCAGCGAGCCGGUGCUCUUCUUGAAGCCGUCCACCGCCUACGCCCCAGAGGGCUCGCCAGUGCUCGUGCCCGCCUACACCCGCAACCUGCACCACGAGCUCGAGCUCGCCGUGGUGAUGGGCAAGCGCUGCUGCGCCGUCCCCGAGGCCGCGGCCAUGGACUACGUGGCCGGCUAUGCCCUGUGCCUGGACAUGACCGCCAGGGACGUGCAAGACGAGUGCAAGAAGAAGGGGCUGCCAUGGACUCUGGCCAAGAGUUUCACGGCCUCCUGCCCGGUCAGUGCCUUCGUCCCCAAAGAGAAGAUCCGUGACCCUCACAACCUGAAGCUGUGGCUCAAGGUCAACGGCGAACUCAGGCAGGAGGGUGAGACAUCCUCCAUGAUUUUUUCCAUCCCCUACAUCAUCAGCUACGUUUCUAAGAUCAUGACCUUGGAAGAAGGAGAUAUUAUCUUGACCGGGACGCCAAAGGGAGUGGGACCCGUUAAAGAAAAUGAUGAGAUCCAGGCUGGCAUACAUGGCGUCCUCAGUAUGAAGUUCAAGGUGGAGAGGCCAGAAUAUUGAGUGUAUAUUAUACAAAGCACCCUAACUUCUUAACAUACGUUUCAGGGGGAAAGGAAAUGAGAGACAAAAGCAAGCAACGGUUAUUUAAUUAAACGUGACAAUCCUUUAAGAAGAAACCAAUUUUUUAAAAUGAUUGAUAUGCCUCAACCCGAGGAAGAUGGACCCUCGGAGAAAACCUGACCUUUAGAAGAGCUGGGCUAGAAAUGGAAAUGAAAAACAGUGUCUCCUAGGAAACAGGAAGUCAAGAUGUUCAAAAGACUUACUUUCUUUUUCUAAAACUGGACUGGAUUAGACUUUUCAGUGGGUUGCUCAAGGACCACGUGUUCAAGGCUUAAAAUCUGUAAAGGAGGUGGAAAAACACGUUUCAUCAGUGUUUCCUAAAGUUCUUUUAUGACCAUGAAAACCAUCUGGAGGUAUUUGUAAAAAUAAAAAUUUCCAAUUACUGGACCAUCCCAGGCGCAAUGUGUUACUUAAUGGACUCAAUCUCUGGCACUCCAAGUGAUUCUUAUCACAGAAAUAUGGAGAAACACUAGUCCACAUAGUCGGUUAACUUAAAGUUUUAUUUAAUAAGUGAGCAAUUAAUGAAGACCUCACUCAUUUAGUUAGGGUGUGUAUUCUGGCCCAUAGAGUCUGAGUUUGGGGGAUGAUUUUGAAACUGUUGUUUCCUAAAUAAAUAUGCUAU